AUGGCAGGCGUACUACGAUCACUGACCGCGUCCUUGACACGACUAUCCCUCCACUCGACACCAUCAGCCUCCACUUCCUCCCUGUCCCUGUCCCAGUGCCUCUCCCACUCCCACUCCCCGCGCCCCUCGCCUACCCCAUCCUCCCUCUCCCUCUCCACUUCCCGCUCCUUCUCCACCUCCCCGACCCCGCAAGCCACGCUCAACCAAGUCACCCGCGGAGCGAGGAAAGCCAUCCGUCGACCGACCUCCACGCCCGCGCUCCAAGGCGCCUACCAACGCAAAGGCGUCUGUUCGAAAGUGUACACCGUCAAACCCAAGAAGCCGAAUUCGGCCGUACGCAAAGUCGCCAAAGUCAAACUCUCCAACGGGAGGGCCAUCAUCGCCUACAUCCCCGGCGAAGGUCAUAACUUACAGGAACAUAGCGUCGUACUCGUCAAGGGGGGCAGGACCCAGGAUUUACCGGGGACAAAGUGCGUCGAGGGGCCGCAUCGCUCUGUUAUGAAUGCAUCGACUCAGACAGAGGGCUCCACGUUCAACUCCCCCCGCACAGGUACAAGAUCAUUCGAGGCGCGAUGGACUUGACCGGUGUCGCGGGCAGGAUGAACAGUCGGUCAAAGUAUGGCAGUGAGUCACCGAAGCGCGUUGGCCGCUCGCCUUUCCUCCAUCAUCGGGCACGACUGAACACUGAUCGGGCCUACCUUAUCCGCUUCGGUUUACAGCCAAGAAACCCAAGGCAUGA